UCAAAAGUGACAGCUGCUUUGUUUAUAAUAAUGUUUGCCAUUUACUAAUAAAUAAUUUUUGCGCCUCAUUUUUAAGUGAAUAUUUUGGGUUUAUUGAGCAAAUGUUCGGCUAAAAAUCCGUUAAUUUAAUUCACAUUUGUGUUAAAAGUGCAAACAAGAGGGUAUUUCUUUAGCAGUAAGGAUGUACAUGAAUACAGCCUUGAAAAAUGCAAGAAUAUUUGAUGAUGACGCUUGGGACCAAAAUGACAAACCAAAAACCCCCGAGGCAAAAUCGAACCUCAAAGAAGAAAAACCUCAUUUUCCCGUCAACCUUAAAAAUGAACCCGAAGAGAUGACCCCGUCACCUCCAUCGUCCUCCCACAUGCACAUCAUUAAAAAGGAACCUCUGGAUAACAUCAAGGAGGAGGAUAUGGAUGAUAUAUUUGAAGAAAACCCCAUUCUAAAGCAGGAAAUCAAAAAGGAGUUAAAUACUUCCAUGGAAGAAGGGGAGCUAGAAAACAGCAUGAUAAACACAUCCAAUAAUAAGUUAAAAUUUGAGGGGGCAGUGGAUAAAAUCUUUGACGAGUCUCCUUACAACAAGGACUUCUGCAAUAGUCUUAGGCUCGACGAGAGAACCCCUAAUAAAAACGAGGGGGCCAACAAAGACCUGAGAUCCACCUUAAAAAGUGCUAAAAGAACUGUUUUCAGUAGACUCUCUCCUUAUAAAGUAAAUACGGACUCUACAGCAACUAAACCAUCAGUCAAAAGCCGCUUAGGGAGUGUCGAAGAAGAAACAGCACCAAAAAGAAAAAGAUUUACUGGGAUACCGGAACGGGACCCACUGGUCAUCGCGAGACGUGAAAAGCAAAUCGAGUAUGGCAAAAACACCAUCGGCUACGAAAACUACAUUAAAAUGGUCCCAAAGGACGAAAGGGUACCCGGUGACCCUAAGACUCCGCCACUGUACAAUAAAUACUCCAGGAGAGGCUGGGAGGGUCUGAUCAAACAGUGGCGUAUACAGUUGCACCAGUACGACCCGCCCGAAACGAAUACGGGGGAAAUAAAGACUGAAAGUGUUGAAAUAGAGACGGAUAGUGGUGGAGAGGAAGAGGAAGAAGAGGAGUCGUAGUUUGUAUGAGUUUUGAAGGUGAUUUUAUACCUAAAAAGUGAUGUAGGUUGUAUAGGUAACGUUUUUAAACAUGUAUCUAUUAUUUGCCUUUUUCGGACUGUCUGAUAUGUAAUUUUCCGUUUUUUAUUUCAUAUCAAUAAAGUGUGCUAAGAUUA